GCCAAUGAAAUCAUACUAGGAAGCGCUGCAGAUGGAUCAAAUCGGCGAUAAAAUCAUAUAGAUAUUAUUAAAUUAUCUAGCCGGUCAGAGGUAUUCGUUGCGACCCUAACUAGUUGUUAUUGACAAACUGUGUUUGUUAGCAUAGUGUUCUUAUUUAUAAUUUGACCUCCAGCGCCGCGUUGACAUUUCUAUCUUGAACUCAUUGCAAUAUGCAAGAACACUUCUACUAUUAGCAUAAAAAUUGUGACCAUUUUGUUGAACCAAUUUAAUACUGUUAUAUAGACAUAUCUCUAUAGAUCUAACGUUUGAAAAUGAAGAUUGCGGAAGAGGCUUGUUGUGUUGUCACAGUGUCCGAGAAGCCGCUCAACCUCACGUCUGGAUCUCCGAAUAAAGAAUUGAGCUGUAGUGGAGUGUUUCUGAAUUACCAGUCUGGGAUUAUAGUCUGUAGUGGCAUUCUGUUUUCACGCUCUAUCAGUGAUAGACAGUCCAUGAAGAAAGACGCGAAAAUAUUGCAUUCUGAAAGUUUCACUAAAGAGCUAAAAGUGCAUGUAGAUUACAUUCACCUUUGCGCCAACCAGUCGUGUGUGACGGACAGACGCAAUACGAGCCGCCAAGAGGCUCAUCUGUUAAUGAUGAUCAAUUGUGUGGAGUUUCAAGAUGCAUUUAACAAAAUCUUCAAGGGGGCUGAUAACUGGGGCUUUUAUAGUGGUACUUUGGAUGCAGAAGUUCUGGAAGACUCCAGAUUUUUAAGUUGGUUUGCACUUUUAAAAGUGCCCACUUCAUCCACAUGCACCUGCAAGGAAACUAUUCCAUGGGUGAAGAGUGGCAGUCUUGAAAAGGGAUGUCAUGUCAUCGCAUGUGGGUCUCCAUUCGGUGGUCUCUGUCCAGACCUCUUCAUGAACACAAUUAGUAAAGGUAUAGUUAGUAAUCUGGCAGGAGCUGAGAAUGCCCUGAUCCUGACUGAUGCCCGCUGCUUGCCUGGCACCGAAGGAGGCGGUGUGUUUGUUAGCAAAGGAGGCAGAUCUUACCUUGUGGGUUUGAUUGUUUCACCACUGUGCUGGAAAUCAGAUGAAUGGAUUGGGCUGACACUUGUGUGCUCUGUUCACCUGAUUUUGAAAAACAUGCUACAGGCUGGUGCCAUCCAGGAGCCGCUGAUAGAAGAGUCAUCACAGUUAAUCACUGGCUCUCUUCAAGCUCCAUUAACUGCAAACCGAAGGACAGGCUCUGAAUUUUACACUGGAGUUGCCCUGAUUGAGACCGGCCAGCUGUGGGGUUCUGGUGUGCUGCUAAACCAGAAUCUGGUUCUGACCUGCAGGCAUGUGGUGAAUGAAAAAUCUGUGCUUACAGUCAGAGUCAACUUUGGAGGAAGAUUUCAUACAGUAAGUGGUAAGGUGCUGUAUUCAUCAGUACCAUCAUCUCCCUAUGAUAUCGCUGUGGUGGAGCUUCAGGAGCCCCUCGCAAGUAUCGUGACCAGUAACACGAGAGACUUUGCCGCAAAAGUGACGUAUCCCCAUCUGAACUUCAGCAUCCCAGUGACUCUUCUGGAGCCUCUGCUGAGACGUUUUGCUCAAACUGGAGAUGCUGCUGUGUUUAAGGCCUUAGACAGUGCAGAGGAUGAUGUCAAGAAGAUAUGGAGACUACAAAGCAUUCAGAGCAAGCUUUGA